AAAACUCCCGUUUAAUGGCAGCCGCAUCCCAGGGCCGAGCGCGGGUCGCACCCCAGGCUUUCAGGGAGCCAUUCCCAAGGCUGAACCGGGAGGAUCCGUUAAAAAGGAGGCGGCCCCGGGGCUGAGGGACCCUGGGGCCCGGGCGGAAAGGCCUGGGGGCGGGGGGCGCCCAAGGCCCGGGCGUGCCCCGGCAUGACGGGCCCGGGAGCGGGACUGCGGGGUCGGGGCCAGGAUGGAGGCCCGUCUGCGGGAAUUAAUCAGGUACAAGUUAGACAAAGCUUCCAAAAUCUGAACAGAUGAAGAUCAAUUGAUAAAUCAACGCAGCGAUUCACCAUACAUUCAAGCAGCGGAAAGAAUGUCGGCGCGGGCCGCGUGUGACGUCAGGAGGGAGCAGCGCAGCGCGGCGGCGGCCAGGCAGCGGCAGCGGCAGCAGCGGCGGCCCCGCCACGGCGAAGGAGGCGGAGGCGGAGGAGGCGGGAGCGGCGCCGGCCCCGCCGCCACCGCAGCGGCAAUGGCGGCCGUCGGGGAGCGCAGGUCCCUGCCCAGCCCCGAGGCGAUGCUGGGGCAGCCCUGGAGCCACUGGGUCGAUGCUGCUAAACUUCACGGGAACGACGGAACAGCAUUAGAAGAAAGUUUCAAAGAAUACGGAAGAAACCGAGAAGCGAUGCGACUUUGCCGAGAAGAUAUGCCAAUAUUUGGUCUUUGCCCGGCUCAUGAUGAUUUCUAUUUGGUGAUGUGUAACCACUGUAAUCAGGUCGUAAAACCACAGGCAUUUCAAUCACAUUAUGAAAGAAGACACAGCUCCUCCAGCAAGCCGCCUUUGACUCCUCCCUCCUCUUCAGUAUUUUCCCUCAUUCCAUCUUUCCCUUCAAAAAACAAAGGUAGCAGUGGAAGUGGGAGCAAUCGUUCAUCCAGUGGAGGUACUAGUGCACCAUCAUCAAAUUCCAAGUUGUUGAAAUCACCCAAAGACAAGCUGCAGAUCAGCGGAAACAACAGGUUAAUGCAUUCGGUACAGCAUAGCAAAGUUCCCCAUGAUAAAAUUAUGACUCCAUCUGUCAAAGUGGAAAAGAUUCAUCCAAAGAUAGAUGGUGCCCAACUGAAAGCUGCUGUUGGUCCAACUUGUUCUACUACUGUGAGUUCCUCAAUAAAGACUGGCCUUAAUUGUCCCUCAAUACCAAAGCCACCCUUGCCUUCCCCUGGACAGAUACUGAAUGGUAAAGGUCUUCUCUCUGUGCCUCCAUUUUUGGAAAAGAAACCUGAAGAAAAUACAAAUAAUAGGAAAUUUUUACAUAAAAGAUUGUCAGAGAGAGAAUUUGAUCCUGAUAUAUACUGUGGUGUCAUUGAUGUGGAAACCAGGAAACCUUGUACUAGGUCUUUGACAUGCAAGACACAUUCCUUAACCCAGCGGAGGGCUGUACAGGGUCGAAGAAAACGAUUUGAUGUGUUAUUAGCCGAGCACAAAAGCAAAACCAGGGAAAAGGAACUUCUUCGACAUUCGGAUCAUCAUCAGCAGAUGCCCCCUCUCAGGGAACCACAUCCCUCACCUACUAAAACUUCCCAGGAGCUGCACCAAAAUUCUCAUGGAGUUACUCUUACAGAAUCAAAGCCUUUAUUACCUAAUAAACCCAAACCUCACCCCCCCAGUCUUCCAAGGCCUCCAGGCUGUCCAGCCCAGCACAGUGGAAAUGCCCCCAGCGAGUCUCCUUCUGUCCACGAGUCCCCGCACCCUCCCUUGCCUGCAGCUGAGCCAGCAUCUCGGUUAUCCAGUGAUGAGGGAGAAUGUGAUGAAAAAGAAGAGCCUGUUGAAAAACUGGAUUGUCAUUAUUCAGGUCAUCAUCCUCAACCAGCCGCUUUUUGCACAUUUGGUAGUCGGCAAAUUGGAAGAGGUUAUUACGUGUUUGACAAGCGGUGGAACCAUAUUCGAUGUGCACUUGACUUCAUGUUGGAGAAGCAUCUUAAUUCACAGAUGUGGAAGAAAAUUCCCCCAGCAUCUAGCAACACAGCAGCAGUUCGUGCACCACAUCGGACAAACUCGAUGCCUGCUUCACAGUACGGUGUCAGCGCGGCAGGUUUCCUCUUACCCACCACGGUUAUGUCCUCGCCAGCGUUGGUAUCUCCUUCCUGUGUGUCUCUGAAUAAUAAAUCGGUACCAUCACAUGGAACGACACUAAAUGCCAAUCCUGCUACUUUGGGUGCAGUGGAUCCUGUCUGCAGUAUGCAAUCAAGACAAGUGUCUUCGUCCCCUUCAACACCUACAGUGCUUUCCUCUGUACCUUCACCUAUGCCCAGCAAACCUCAGAAAAUGAAAUCCAGCAAAUCUUUUAAACCUAAGGAAUCUUCUGCUGGCAGUGGCACCUGUAACAGUACCGGCAGCGUCAGUAGCAGCGGCGGCUCAGGAAAGAAGCGUAAAAACAGUUCCGCACUGCUAGCACCUUCUCAUUCCACAGAGUCCUUUAGAAAAAACUGUGUGGUUAACUCUGGAAACUCGGGGACCUCCUAUCAUCCCUCGGUGACGGCUUCGUCCCACAGCAUUGGCCUCAACUGUAUGACUAGCAAAGCUAACUCCGUUAGCCUCAAACACGACCAAUCAGGGAGGGGUCCUCCGACUGGAAGCCCUGCAGAAUCCAUAAAGAGGAUGAGUGUGAUGAUGAACAGCAGCGACUCCACGCUCUCCUUGGGGCCGUUUGUUCAUCAGUCCAGCGAGCUGACUGUAAACUCACACAGCAGUUUCUCACAUUCGCAUACUUCCCUUGACAAAUUAAUAGGAAAGAAAAGAAAGUGCUCACCUGGUUCAAGCAGCAUAAACAGCAGCAGCAGCAGCAGCAAAUCAAACAAAGUUGCCAAAUUGACAUCGGUGAACAAUGUUCAUGCAAAACACACUGGUGCAAUCCCAGGGACGCAAGGACUGAUGAACAAUUCUCUUUUUCAUCAGCCGAAGGCACGUCCCUGAUAGCUGAGCGCACCGCGGUGAGAAACCAACUGGACAAUUUUCACUACAAGCAAAACCUCCAUCUGGAUUUCUGGACUCCAAGAUGCCUUGAGUUUUCCCAACUUCCCAUGGUCCUCAGGUGUGGAAAUCUACUGGACUGUCACUUAAACAAGGAAUUUCCCUGAAGCCAUGUCUGUAGCAGCGAAUAUACUAGAAACGGACACUGGAUGAAGUUCAGCCACGUAAUUGCUCUUAUCAGUGUUAAGGGUGGUCUGGACUGUUUGCUACAAACCUGUGAGAUUUUCCUUACAGGGGUACAUCAUCUUGCCACUAUUUGACAAUAGAUUGGUUGGGCAAACGAAUGUUUUCUGGGGGGAAAUAAACGUUACUGUGGACUUAUUUUUAUACUGACGGUGUCUUUUGUAGGUGAUAGCUAACCAGAGAGACACCCUCAACGGAGAGGACCCCGCGACAAGGGGGGAAAAACGUGUGAGGCACAAUGGAAAGAAGCCCUCAAGAAGGGAAAUAUGGCUUUAGUGUUUUUAUAGCAAUGUUCCUUUAAUGGAAUAGAAAAAUAGCACAAUUCAAAAAAUAGUCUGUGUUUUGCCCAGCCUUUUGCAAGUAAUUUGGGAUAAGAAGCUAUCAGGAGUUUAAAAAAAAAAAAACAACAAAACAACCACGAAACAAACUCAACAAAACCCAGAAAAACUUGUUUGAGGCCAUCGCUCAGAAAACAAGUAUAAAAAUGUCGUACUUGCAUGAUACAAAACCUGUUUUCUAUUCUUUUGAAUGAGAUAUGAUUGCAGAAGAAAAUAAAAGUAAAUUUUGUUUUUUAAAAAUAUCCAAAACCAUCAAACGGACAAAGGCAAAAUAACCUCUAAAACUAUAUGCCCAAAGAACGUAUUUAUUGACCUAUACUGUAUACCGUAGGCCUUUGUUAUUUUAAAAAAAUAAACAAUUUUAUUGGUUAAAUUAGGCUGGAUUUGUCUUCCAGCCUGUAAAAAAAAAAAAAAAAAAAAGCCCUUUUAAAACUAAGUAUUUAAAGUAUUUAAGUAUUUUCUAAAAAAUAUAAAAGUCAGUUACUUUAUGCCUUGUUUGUAUGACUAAAUCCUUAACAAGUUAUGCUUUCAACCGCUCAGUAAGAUUUUUUUUUUUUUUUUCCCCCCAAAAUUCUGGAAUAAAGGCCAAUUUGACAGCCGAGUUCACCGCAAAGCGCAGAUUUAUGCAUCAGUCAUCCCACACCUACCCAGCCUUUACCAAUAAAGGGGGCUUUACACAGUUUUAUGUAGUCCAGUCAAUUUUUAUGAACUAUUUUGUCUUGCUUCAAAACACCUCAAAAGUGAAUUCUGCUAAAGGGCUUACCGUAUUGUGAUCUGAUCCGUCUGGAUGUUUUUGUUAAGUUUUUAAACAUCAGGUGAAGUCUCAAAACUGACUAAACUUUUAUUAAGGGGCAAAGCAAAGGAAAAACAAAUUCCUAACCAAGAAGAUAUUAUUUUAUUAUUUUUUUUUUUUUCCUCUGCCUUAAAGGGGCACCAGCUAUUGCUGAGAAGAGACAAUCUGAGCCUGCCCAGUUGUUCGUGGAGCCCAGCCUUCUCCCCAGUUCUGGUGGCAAGUCGUACAUCAGGGAAUCCAAAGCCACUCUGAGUAGCAGUUGCUUUAGUUGUUUACCUGACGAUGCUUUCAGUUUAACCUGAACUUGCUACGAAACCCUUCUUACGCAGCAACACAACAAGAAGCCUCUAUGCAGACACUUUAGCUUUGAGUCCAUACAAAAGAUCCCAUUGAGAAAGCAACGUACUACAGACGCUUAUUAUGCAAACUUUAAAAAAAAAAAAAAAAACAACAAACAAACAAACAAAAAAAACCCAACAAAACAAAAACAAAUAAUAAAUAGACGACUUUCCAGGAACAAAAGGAUUCGUGUUUAAUAAGAUGCCCUGUUGAAAGGAUUGUUAGAACUGCGAUUGGUUUAGCGUUAAAGGAACCAAAGUGAUACGCCACAAAGAGAAAUCAAAGAGUAUUAAAUCCUGCAUGUUCGGAGUGAAAUCCACGCUCUGAUGAAGCCCCUGGGGCAGAGCUUCCACGUCAGGAUAGCGUCACUCACAAGUGCAAUUUGACUCUUGAUAGACACAAAGGUAAAGGAAACACAAAUUUGGCGAGAUUGAACGCUAGCGAGUUUGUGAUCAAACUCUCCUUUUUUCCUUUUUUUUUUUUUUUUUUUUUUUUUUUUUAAGGUUCUGUUGAUCUGAAAGCAUAAAUGGCAAAUUCGUGCUCCUUCGAUAGCGUGCAGACGCGUUAAAAAGUGUAAUUCCUGCUGGCUGCUCGUACGGAGCCAGUGUCUGCCGUCACCCGUGUCCUGCGGGUUUAAGCCAUUGGGAGCCGAGAGGUAGAACAUCCGAAAUCCCGUCUGCCCUUGAGCAUAGACCUGCUUCGAUGUUGUUAUGUUUUAGAUCUUGGUUAUAAGCAGAACAUUGUUCCUGAAGCUUUUAUUGUCACAUAGUUCUUACUGUAAAUAAUUAAGGAAGCUUAAAAUUAAUUUUCCUUGCAAAAUUGAAUUUGCAGUGGCUGGGUUGUUUCUAGACAGAUUUUGGUAUUAAUUUAAGAGAUACAGUUUUUAUAGUCUUUCCAACUUCUCGUUAUGACUCCUGCAGUUUUCUUAACCUAAAAAAUUGCUGCAAUGAUGAACAAAGAAUUAUACAAGAAAAAAAAAAGCAUACUUUUGUAUCUUUAUUUUGGAAUUUCUUGUUCUAUUAUAAAUAUUGAAGUAUCCCUAUUUCAGAAGACAUAUUUUGUUAAUUGAUUGUACAUAUUUAAAUAUGUAUUUUUGCACAGGUCUUUUUUUCUUAUAUCCAGUUUUGGUACAAUUGAGAUCAUCUAGUAUUUAUUUAUUAAUUAAUUAAAAAAAAAAAAAGCAGGAAAAAAAAAAAAAGCAAAUACCUUUUUAUAAUUUGAAGUGGUUCACUGCCAAGCCAAUAGCUAACAUGCCUACUUUGCGACUUUUAAGGGAUGCCUCCGUUUUGUGAAAGCUUGUGUCCCUUUUCACGUCUUGGGGGAGUGGAGACGCGCGAAGCGGCGCCCGGGUCCCGCGCUCGGGUUCUGCUUCUCCUUCUGCCGCCGGAACCCGAGCGUGGGACCGGAGCCGAACUGGUCCAUCCGGCAUCGCUUAUCCACUUGCCUGAUUCCCAGAGGACUACAUUUAGUGAAGUGACACACUGCUUCUCUCUCUCUCUCUCUCUUUUUUUUUUUUUUUUUCCCCUAGUGUUUGUGUGCGUGUGCGUGCGCAUUCGUGUGGGUCUCAUGUGGUUUAAAAACUAACGGAAAAACUGAAAGUGCCUGAUAUAACUAGUUUUAAGCUUGGACUGUUUAGACAGCUUCUCCUUAAAAGACUUGAAUGUUCAGUUGAAAUUUUGGAGCUUGCUUUUUCCACCGAUAUAUAAUAUAUGUGUGCGCGUAUAUACGUAUGUGUGCGUGUACAUGUAUAUACACAUACAUAUAUAUAUAUAUAGUCUGAAAUUAAUGAGAUGGGUUGACAAACGAAAGCGAAUGAUGCUGGUAGCUUUUGUAAAAUCUUUUAAUUAGAGUACCUUGUGUUGGAACGAUCCCAUCAUAUUUAAUACAACGCCGAAAUAUGGUUUUAACCAGCAGUUUAUUGAACUGCCUCAUUUUGGGAAGGGAGGGGUAUUAAUUCAUACAUGAAAUAAUUUAGAAAACGUUCGAAAUAGUCGGUAUUCCAGGAAAAAACAAACAAACAAACAAAAAAACCCGAGUAAGUACCUCUUAAAACCAUUAGAAAA